AUGAAGUUUCCUCUCUUGGGGUUAUUUUUGCUCCUAAGUCUUGUCGGCUCUCCGACAAGGGCCGAAGAAGGACCUGUUUGCCCUAAGACCGAAACUCUAAGCCGUGCAAGUUUCCCAGAGGGUUUCAUGUUUGGUACCGCAACCGCGUCCCAUCAAGUUGAAGGUGCCGUAAAUGAAGGUUGCAGAGGUCCAAGCUUGUGGGAUAUCUACACGAAGAAAUUUCCACAUAGAGUUAAGAACCACAAUGCUGAUGUGGCCGUCGAUUUCUACCAUCGCUACAAGGAGGAUAUCCAGUUGAUGAAAAAGCUGAACACCGAUGGUUUUAGACUUUCCAUUGCGUGGCCAAGAAUAUUUCCCCAUGGGAGGAUGGAGAAAGGAAUAAGCAAAGAAGGGGUUCAAUUUUACCACGAUCUUAUAGACGAGCUCCUCAAAAAUGACAUAACACCAUUAGUAACGAUUUUUCAUUGGGAUAUUCCCGCCGAUUUGGAAGAUGAGUACGGUGGCUUUUUAAGCGAACGUAUAGUACCGGAUUUUGUGGAGUACGCAAACUUCACGUUCCACGAAUAUGGGGACAAAGUGAAAAACUGGAUAACGUUCAACGAGCCAUGGGACUUUAGCCGUUCAGGCUAUGACGUUGGGAAGAAAGCACCGGGACGUUGUUCUCCUUACGUCAAAGACUUCGGACCUCUUUGCCAAGAUGGACGGUCAGGAUUCGAGACUUAUGUCGUCAGUCACAAUUUGCUCUUGUGUCACGCUGAUGCCGUUCAAGCUUUCAGAAAAUGCGAAAAGUGCAAAGGUGGUAAAAUCGGGAUAGCUCAUAGUCCGGCUUGGUUUGAACCGGAAGAUGUGGAGGGAGGUCAAAAUACUGUAGACCGUGUGCUUGACUUCAUCUUGGGCUGGCAUUUGGAUCCUACCACGUAUGGAGAUUAUCCUCAAUCUAUGAAAGAUGCGGUCGGACCACGGUUGCCCAAAUUUACAAACUCCCAAAAGGCAAAACUGAAAGGUUCAACAGACUUCGUGGGAAUAAACUAUUACACUUCUUUCUACGCAAAGCUAAACGAGAAGCCUGAUCAUCGGAACCCCACUUGGGCUACAGAUUCUUUAGUCGAGUUUGAACCCAAGACUGUGGAUGGAUCCGUUAAGAUUGGUAGCCAGCCCAGCACUGCUAAGAUGGCUGUAUACGCAGCGGGUUUGAGGAAGCUUUUGAAAUACAUAAAACACAGAUAUGGCAACCCUGAGAUCAUAAUCACAGAGAACGGUUACGGAGAGGACCUUGGCGAUAAAGAUACAGAUCAUAGUGUUGCUCUCAAUGACCACAACAGGAAAUACUAUCUCCAGAGGCAUCUUUUGGCCCUUAAUUAUAUGGUGAGAUCUAUUAAUCAUUUGUGUGAAGACAAGGUGAAUGUUACAUCGUAUUUCUUGUGGUCGUUAAUGGACAACUUCGAGUGGCAAGACGGGUACACAGCUAGGUUUGGGAUCUACUACAUCGACUUCCAGAACAACUUGACUCGUGUACAGAAAGAAUCUGCAAAAUGGUUUUCUGAAUUCCUCAAACCAUCCAAGUCGAAGCUCAACGAGGAGCUCUAAAGUCGACUUCUCUGCAAA